AUGGAAAAUCAGUCAAGAAUUGAUGAAUUCCUUCUGCAUGGGUUUCCUAACACUAAGGAGCUACGAAUAUUCCAUAUCGUCAUUUUUUUACUAAUUUAUUUGGUGUCCCUCAUUGAGAAUCUUGUUAUCAUUACUGUCAUUCUUUAUAGUCAUCAACUUCAUUCACCCAUGUAUUUUUUUCUGGCCAAUUUAUCCUUCCAAGAUCUUGGCUCCAUCUCUGUCACUGUUCCCAAGUCCAUGCUGAAUUCUUUGAUGAACACUGACACUAUUUCUAACUCUGGAUGUUUUUGUCAAGUUUUCUUCUUUGUUUUCUUUGUAAUGUCUCAUCUCUUCCUCCUUGUUGUUAUGGCAUAUGAUCGUUACGUAGCCAUCUGCAAUCCAUUACACUAUGAGAUGGUGAUGAACAAAAAAGUCUGUGUCCAAAUGGCAACCAGUGCAUGGGUGGGUGGUCUUUUUUACUCAGCUCUCUAUAUUGGAAAUUUAUCCACAGUGGAGUUCUGUUCCAGAAUUAUCAAUCAGUUUUUCUGUGAAAUUCCUCAGUUGCUCAAGAUUUCUUGCUCUGACUCUUAUGUUGCAGAAGAGCAGGCACUCAUCUUUGGUUCUUGUGUAGGGUUCUUUCUUUUUGCUCUGAUUGUCUUUUCAUAUGUUAAGAUUUUUAGAGCAGUUUUGCAAAUCCCAUCUACACAAGGGAAGCAGAAGGCUUUCUCUACUUGUUUGCCCCACCUUAUAGUCAUUUGUCUGUUUAUAGUUAGUGGUACCUUUGCAUACCUGAGACCCACAUACCGUUCCCCAUCAACAUCAGAUCUCUUGAUUUCUUUGUUCUACAGUGUGGUACCACCACUCAUAAACCCCCUGAUCUACAGUGUAAGGAACCACGAGCUCAAAAUGGCAUUCUGGAAGCUAGUUUUCCAUACAUGUUCAUAUCCCUUCUGCAAAAAUCAUUCUCAGUUUCAGCUACACUUAUAA